AGCAUGGACAUAAACAUAUGACUCUCAAGUGUCAUGUCUAUGAUGUCACAUAGUCACACUCCGACCAUAACUCGAUUUAUACAAAAAAUUUGACCAACACUCCCUGCAAAUUCAAACAUUAUGGUGCGGGUUACAAACGUUCUUUGUCGCGUCCCCGUAAUAAAAUUUCGUAAGGGUGGGUUAGGUCAGGCAAGAGCACCCUCUACUGGCGCUUCAGCUGGCGCGGCACCGGCCGUUGCUACUCCUGCAGCUGCACCCGUCCAGCAACCCGCAGCCGCAGCAAUGAGCACAAACACUGUUCCUGAUAUUGAUCUUCCGCUUCGCUACAGAAGACUGCCACUUUCUGAGGAGGAGAUUGAAUACAUCAAUGGCGGCGGAAUUUCCGGAAGCCAAGCCAACGGAGCCAAACAAGCUAUUCAAGACAAAUCAAAAGGAAACCUGAGUAUUAUAAGAGUGCCUAAUUCUAUUUUAAUUGAUUGUACACAAAAGAAGAAACAAGCUGUUUCAUUAAAUAUAAUGGUACAAAAAUCAAAUGAAUGCAAAAACGCAAAAAAAUAAAAUGAAUUGUGAUCUAAAUUAACACUAUUUUGGAAGUAUGACAUAAUAUUAAAUAAUAGAUAGUGAAAUAAAUAAAUCGCAAUUUUU